AUGGAUCACAUGUCUCCCAGGCUGAGAGCCUUCCUCUCUGAACCCAUUGGAGAAAAGGAUGUUGUCUGGGUCGAUGGGAUCAGCCAUGAGCUUGCAAUCAAUUUGGUCACCAAAGGUUUCAACAAGGCCUACACCCUGUUGGGACAGUUCCUCCUGAUGCACAAGAACGAAGCCGAGUUUCAGAAGUGGCUCAUUUGCUGUUGUGGUGCCACGGAGUGUGAGGCCCAGGAGAGCUCGAACUGUCUGAAGGAGUGGUGCACCUGCUUCCUGUGA